CAGGUGCAUUAUCUGUAACCAGAACCUGACAGGCAGAGAAAAGGCUGGUGAAAGAGUAAAGAGGUGGAACCAGCUCCCAGAGGCGGUGCAUAGAGUCAUAUCAUGCAGGAGGAGGAGUGAGUGACGUCAUUCUGGUAAACCAGAAAGGGAGGGGAAGCAGAGAGAGGGAGGGAGAGAGAAAAAGGAAGCUGUCGGAUAAGUUUUUUGUGUGUAUAUUUCUCCAAAAUUACACAAACUUUCACUAGCCGAAGGUAUGACUGCAGCCCUGCGGGGACCGACAUGCUGAGGAGAGAGACCUGAAGGAGAGGACGUACAGCAGUUUGUUAGCAGCUGUGCACAGCUGAUGACAACAUAAGCCAUUAACACUUCUGAAGGCCUUGGGCCUCGAGUGACCAUACAGAGACCCUGGACUGAGAAAAAAACAAAACAAACUAAAACUGAAAAAUGUCCUCUGACUUGGACUCCAGUCUUACCAGUAUUGACUGGUUGCCCCAGCUGGGAAUCAGCAGCCUGCGCUCUGGGAAAGAGAGAGGAGGAGGAGGGGAGAAGGAGAAGGAGAAGAAAAAAGACAGAGGGAGGGAGAAAGGAGACUUUCUACCCUCAGUGCCGGACCCCUCCCCUUCUAACUGUAAAGGGAAACCCCCUCACAGCUAUGCUACUCUAAUUGCCAUGGCAAUAGCCGCUGCACCUGAGAGGAAACUGAGUUUAAAUGACAUUUACACCUGGAUCAGUGACACUUUCCCCUACUACAGCCGGGCGGGCCGCGGAUGGAAAAAUUCCAUUCGACACAAUCUGUCCCUUAAUAAAUGCUUCAGGAAAGUUCCUCGACCGCAGAAUGACCCUGGCAAGGGUUCCUAUUGGACAAUGGAUGGACCUUCAGACGGACAUCAAGUGAGGGCACCUAAACGUUCCUAUCCUGAAGAGGACGAGGAGAGAGAGGAUGUUCCUCAACUGCAGGAACUAAAAGCAGAGACAGGGCUCUCUCCUCAUCAGCCUCAAUCAGCUUCCCACACAGACCAACAGCUCUUUAACUCAGAGUCACUUGGAGCCAUCCAGCAGCAGUCACCCCAGUCUGCCUCCCUCUCUCCUCCCCCAUGCAAACAACCAUCUCCCUACAUGCCCACCUCUGUCUCCAGUGUCCCUGUCCCUCAUCCAUCCGUCUCGCCAUCAGCGGUGCUCCCACCUGCAGCCCCUAUGUCAUCCAUCACUUCUUUCCCACCUUCUCACCCACCUGGCCCCACUUUCACCAUCCCCCCUGCUUCUGCUACACCUCUGGCUCCUGCCAACAUGUCUACAGCGUCUCCAGCUGCUCCCUCCUUCUCUGACGCUGCGCUGUCUUUUCCUGUGACUUCAGACCCUGUGUCUGUUCCCGCUUUCUCCUGCGCGCCUGAUCCGACAGCUGUUCCCAUUUGCAUUGUCUCGGGACCCAAUCACUCAUCCGAACUGACUGUCCCAUCAUCAGCCGUCGCCCCUCCCGUCGUUUCAGUAAACCCCCCUACUGAUCCCUUGCUGCGUUUCACCUUUGACGACCUCAACUUACCUGAUCUUUAUGCGUCUUUCAAGUCUCUGUUCAGGACAGUGCGCGAGAGGGGAGGCUCGCAGUCGGAUAUAGUUCCUCUGGCGAUCCCAAAUAAUGACAUUACCCCACUUCACACUCCAACUCUGCUACCCAUGUCCCCCCAUCCUGCAACCGCACAAAUUGCACCACCUGCAUUGGCUGCACCAGCUGCACAUCCUGCCGACACUGAGCGCAUUUCACAAUUAACGGUGCCGGCUGACUGGUUCAGUAACCCAGAUUCUCUGAAGGAGAGUGUCCGCAUUGCCAGCAACUUAGACUGGGCAAACAUAGACCUUACUGGUCACCCAGACCUUGUUCAGAGCAUGAGACAGGCAGAGCUCUGCGACUGGGCUCUGGACCCGGCGGUCUUCACUUCCCUCUGCGACUCUCUGAACCGCUUCUUCACUCAGAAAGGCAUGAUCACCCCUGGGAAUAACUCCCCUGUAGCCCCUGGUCCCCCUCAACCCUUACCAGCCUUUAACUUCAACCCACCCCCUACCCUCUCCAGCCUCACUCAGCCCUCACCCCUUCCCUACUCUUCAAUAGCUCCCCCUGCCAAUGGUGCACAACCACCGCGGCGGGCUCUGCCCAUGCAGGGACCAGGUCUUCAGAGACCACAGCUAACACAGCCUGCAAGCACAGCCGCUGGGAUUCAUCCUCAGCCGAUGACGCCACGACAGCGUCCCCCACUAAAGAAUCUGCACAGCAACAGUGAGGAGAUCCAGGACGACUUUGACUGGGACUCUCUGAUUGUUUGACCCUCUCGCUCUGUGUGGAAACCCCAAAAUGUUUUCGAGAAAAUACUCUACUCUUUGCCGAAGCUGUCUCACUCUGUUGUACAUGUUUAAAGCUUCUUUGACAGCAAGUAUGGGAUCGAGUUUGUCACAUAUGACUGAAUGCCCCCCCGAGGUUCAAAUAGUUAUUUUUUCAAUAUUACUCAAAUUCAUAUGCUGUAAUACUGUUUGUUUAGCAUAUCCUAUGUAGGUAGUUGGGAGGCUGGUGUCUAUUGGAUUGUAAAAUACAGAACUGUGUAAAAGUCUUGAGCCUCACCUCAUCUCUUUAUGUUUUUCUUCCAAGGAGCCAGGCUCUUGUAAAAGUG